AUGCUGAGACAGAGUGGCCUACCAGAGUUGCUUGAAGACAAUUUAGAGUUUCAUGGGAAGCUGGUGUACGGUGAUCCUGCUUACGGGUGCACUGACGUGUUCUGCUGUCCCUACAAAGGUUGUAGCAUUAACCCUCGCUAG